CUGAUGAACUUAGACCCCGACAACGUUGCUUUCUGCGUGCUGGCCACGGACGAGGAGGACGAGGGAGACAUUGCCCUGCAGAUCCACUUCACCCUGAUCCAGGCCUUUUGCUGCGAGAAUGACAUUGACAUCGUGCGGGUGAACGACGUGGCCAAGCUGGCUGCCAUCGUGGGGCCCAGCGAGGAGUCUGGGGAGCCGCGGGACCUUCACUGCAUCCUCAUCACGAACCCAACUGAAGAUGGCUGGAAGGAUCCAGCUCUGGAAAAGCUGAACUUAUUUUGUGAAGAGAGCCGAAAUGUGAAUGACUGGGUGCCAACUAUCACCCUGCCUGAGUGAUGGUGACCCAGUGUAUUGGGGAGGCUGAAACCUUUGUUGCAUUCUCAAUGUGGUGUGGGUUCACCGAAGUGUGCAACAAGCUGCUGAUUCCAUGGAUUAGCCUGGUCAAGAGACUGGAUUAAAGUCACUCAGACUGGCAUGCAGUGAGCUCUUACAGAGAAGAAAGAGGAGAACACCUCACCUCACCAGUGAGCCUCGGUAGGCUGCAACCAUGGAGAGGCUGACAUACCAUGGAACUGAAAGAAGUAUUGUGAGUUUCCUGGUCAAGUGGAGCUGUUUCAGAAGGCAGAAAGAAAGUUGGGGGAAGUGGGCCAAAACUUUCCAGAACUGGAUGGAGUACUGUAACUAGGAACUGAUGGUUCCUGGGAAACACAGUUUUCAAUAUUUGGUGGACUACCAGGGUCUGGUUACCAAGACAUACAGAGACUCUAAAGUGGACAGACUUCAUCAGGCCUCUUGGGUCACUCUGCAGAACUGGUUUAAUAAUGCAAUAAUUUUUAUUGAAGUAUUUGCUGCUAUUGAAGCUUUCAUAAUAAAUUUUUGACAAUUAA